AUGCCCAGUCCCGUCUGGUCGGACAAAAGCGCAGCAACCCACCCAUUCAAUCCCAUCCUACCCAGCACCCACCAAGACCCGAAACCUCAAUCCCGAAACCCGAACUAUAGAAUGCCACACGGCUUCGACAAACUCCUCCACCAUGAACCAGAACCACAAUCACCAUCACCGCCUCCACCGCCCAGACGACCAUCAACCCAAUCCCGAUACCAUCUCCACAUCCGACAACAGCCCAUCGCAGCACGAGCCUGCGGCGCAGGCGACAGAGACCGUCGCCCAGUCGACCCUCCCCCAAUCGUGCAGAUCCUCCUUACCGACUUCGACUCCAACUCCCAAGAAGACCGGGAUCUCCUCCAAGACCCCCGCUUCACAGUGGGCUGUCUACUAUUCCCCGUCUCGCCUUCUCUACCAUGGGCUGAACCAACCGAAACACAUCCGCGCGAGCGCGAGCGCGAGCGCGAUCACGACCGAGAUCAAGAUCGGAAUCGGAAUCGCGAUAGAGAACGAGAACGGGAAAGGGAAAGAGAACGUGAAUCAGACGGCAUCGCCCGCACAGACGACAACUUCGAAACACCAUUACUCUCCGGAAAAGCCUUCAUGUCCCCCUUCUAUGUCGACGAAGACCCAGAUCCCAACUCCGCACCCGCACACCCGUCCUCCAUACCCGAUUCCCAUCUCGACAACCCCUCUUACAACGCCUACAACCACGCCGCCUCCCGUCUCCACCAACCAGCUACCUUUUUCAUAUUCGCGGAUCUCUCGAUUCGCUCCGCGGGCCUUUAUAGGCUCCAAUUCCGAUUAAUGAAUUGGGGCUCUGUUGAGGAUACGGGGCAGUCGAUGCCGAUUCUUGCGGAGGCGUGGUCUAAUCCGUUCCGAGUGUAUCCUGCUAAAGAUUUUCCUGGGAUGAGGGAUUCGUCGAUUCUUGCGGAGGGGUUGAAGGAGCUUGGGUUUGUGGAGUUGAAGACGAGGGGACAUGGGAAGGGGAAGGGAAAAAAGAGGCGGUGA